AUGGGUUUAUUAGACGGAUUUGGUGCCCUCGUGGUGUGGGGCGCAGCAAUUCAACUUUUCUUAUCUCCAGCAGCAGCAGCAGCAGCAGCAGCAGCAGCAGGAGCAGCAAGAGGUGGUGGUGUAGUGGGCACGGGGGUCCGAUCAUCAACAACUACUACAGCUAUAGGAUUAAUACAAUUUAUACAACAAAAAUUAGGUUAUUUAGACAGCAGCAGCAGCAGCAGCAGCAGGGAGGUGCAGCAACUGCAGCAAAAAAUACGUAAUCUAGAGAAUUUAUUAAGAAAAAGUACGGAGAGAGGAGAAGCAGCAGCAGCAAGAGAGGAAAAAUUAAGAUCAUCAUUAGCAGCAGCAGCAGCAGGAGAGCGCAGCAAAUUAGGUCUAAGUAUUGAGCAGCUGCAGGCAAAGGUAACAGAACAGGAAACAAGGGAGAAAUCGUUGCGGAUACAGCUGCAGGAGGCAGCAGCAAAAGAAAAGAGACAAGGAGAAGAAAUAAAUAAAUUAACCAAGGAAAAGGAGACACUUUCUGCUGAGGUUAAUCGUCUUAAGGGAGAAUUAGAUAAGGGAGGGAAAAAAGAAAAAGGAAGGACUGUUUACCAGCAGCAGCAGCAGCCGCAGCAGCAGCAGCAUGUGGUGCCACCGCCGCAGCCGCAGCCGCAGCAGCAGCCAAUGAUGCCACCACCACCGCAGCAGCAGCAGCAGCCUGCUGCAGAGCCACAGCAACCAUUCACACCCUUCGCUCCUCCUCCUCCUGCUGCUGCUCCUCCUCCUGCUGCAGCAGCACCAACACCAGCACCAACACUAGCACCAACACCAGCACCAAGAGUAGUAGUACCUCCUCCUGCUGCUCCUGCUGCUCCUGCUGCAGCACCGGGUGUAUCAAUUACACAGCCUCCUUCUAUUGCUGUACCUCCUCCUGCUGCAGCAGCAGUACCUCCUGCUGCUGCACCUUCUGCUGUUCCUCCUCCUGUUGCUACACCCCAAUGGACAAUGCCUCCUGCUGCUGCACCAAUGCAGCAGCAGCAGCAGCAGCAGCAGCAGCAGCAGCCCUUCGCUCCCCAGGCUGGUCCCCAACAACCCUUUGGCCAUACCCAAUCGUUUAGAGGGUUUGGGGGCCCCCCUGGUGGCGGCUUCGGAGGGAGGCCCCACCAGAGGGCCUCAUAUUAUGGUGGGGCCCCCCCUUCUUCUGUACGUCCUGGUUGGCCAGCAGCACAACCAGGGGGCCUCGGAGGGGGCCUCGGGGCUAGCCUUGGAGGGGACAUGCAGCAGCAGCAGCCUAUGUACGGGCAGCAGGGGGCCCAGCCUGCCCUAUUCAGGUCCGCAACUGUUAAGGGACAGGGGCCCAGGGGAUUCUUUAGGCGCCUAAGUAGGAAGGCCUCGCAAUUCGGGGCUGCACUAGGAGGAGGCAGCAGCAGCAGCAGCAGCGGAGGAGACGGAGGAGACCCAGGCGCUGCAGGAGGUGCACCUAGUGAAUGGUAA